UGUCGUGUGUUGUUGUUGACACAGACGGUGGUGAGGGGAGGGACCUGACCAUUGUGUUCUUGUCCUUCAGUCUGUCAUCAUUAAAUAACCUGGCUGUGACAACUUAACAUCAUGGAGGAAGUUGAUAAGAUAUUGAUACUUACUUUGAAUCACUUGGGAUGUGACAUUGAUGAGAAAGUGAAAAGUGUUGGAGGUUUUGGGAUUGAAGAAGUAGUGAGUGGAGUGGUCCGGUGCAUUCGGACUAUUAAUAGUGACUGUGAAUUACCCACGUCUCUGCCACAAAACAUGGCCCAGCGCUUCAGAGUCGCAGCUUCAAUUGCACAGGCAGUGAAGGAUGUUGGAUAUCCUGGUGAUGUUGGCUACCAGUCAUUGCUCUACCCAAAUGAAACUGACUUGAGGAAAAUAUUUAUGUUUCUGAUAGAGAAACUGCCCAAGGACACAGCUGCGGUCUCUGAUGAGCCUCUCAACAAGGCUGCACUUAUUCAUCAAGAAGCAAGAAGGAAACUAUGUGCAUCACUCACCCAGUCCUGGAUACCUGCCCACUGUAGACAUGUCGCUCGCAGUUAUGCUACUCGGGCCUCUGUGACAAACCAUGGCACUUACCACACACGACAGUUUAUGUCUAAACCUUACUCAUCAGUAGAGAGUCCAUCAAAAGUAUCUCCAGGAUUAAGAACCUACUAUGAGAAUUAUUCAAGAAGGAUAACUAAGAUGGUUGGCUACGAAUAUUUGAUAGCAACACUCCUUAACUCGCAUGCCAUUCAACUUCAAAGAGACCAAAUUCUUCCUAAAAAUACUGAAGAGGAGGGAAAAUCAGAGGCUCACACGCUAGAACCUCUGGUUACUGAAGAUGUGCAGCUGAACCCUCUUGAUGUGCCAUUGUCUGGAUGGUCUCCUCUUUCCUCUUUUGAAACUGCCCAACACAUGAUUGAUAUUAAAGAAUCUGAAAGGGAGGUAAAUCUGGGAACAGAUGUGUCAGCACCAGAAGCUGGUGUAACCACAGAAGAGCAAAUUAGGUUGAAGCGGGAAGAACAGUUAUCUCGGCUUCAGACUGAAAUUGGCAAUGUCACAAACAAAACUGAAGAAUGUACACAGGGAAUUCAGGAUGCUGUAGAUGCACUGGCUAAGCUUACUGAUGAUCUUAUAAAAGAAGAGCGGUUGAAGGAGGAGACUGUGACAGAACUCAAAAUGAAACAGAGAACAUCCAGUCUUUUGCCAGAAUCAGCAGCAAAUAUUCAAAGGUUACAGGGUGCACUGAAGAACAGUGAAGAGAAAAUGGUGCGCCUUCAGCAACAGUGGCAAGCCCAUAAAAAACCGCUAGAAGAACAACUGUCUCAGCUGACUCUUGAAGCAUCCAACAAGAAGGUAAAUAAAGAAGAGAUUUUAGCUGAAAUGUCGGAGCUACGAGAUAAGAUGAAGGCAAUGGUCCAAGAUGCAUCCAGGAAGGAAACUGCCUUAGCACAACUCAAAGGUCAAGUUGAGAAGAUGAAUAAGGAUAUAAAUAGAUCUGUGUAUACCAAGAGAAUAAUUGAUAUUAGUGCCAAGGUUCGUAAGCAAAAACAAGAAAUUGACCGUGUGCUUGCAGACACUAGAACCAUACAAAAAGAAAUCAACAUUUUAUCUGGAAAACUGGAGCGAACCUUCACAGUGGUUGAAGGAACUGCUUAUAAGGAGGCGGCUAACAACGAACGCGUGCGUCAAGUUUACCGAGCAGUGGCAGCUGUGCACGAAGGCUGUGGUGAACUGGUGGAUAUUGUACGUGAUACUGGGACUGUGCAGAGAGAAAUAGCUGAUUUAAGAGAACAGGUUGAUCUUGAGAAGAGCAAAAAAGUGGAGGAGAAUUUGACACAACUUAAGACUGAUCUGAAUCAAGUGAAAAAAGAGAAUGCCAGCCUAAAGCAGCAACUGUUAUAAGAACCUCUUUUAUCUUAAAUAUUGAUUAAAUUAUCAAUCUACUACAAUAUAUGUCUUACUGUACAUUUGAAAAGACAUUGUGAUAAAUGGAGAUGUUCCAUCUUACAGUAAAUAUUCCUUGAUUUCUUUUGUUAGAUGUGAUUACUUGAGUGCAUGAUGUCCUGUAUGCCAUCAGGCAAAUUUUAAGCAAGUUUUAAGGCUGGCUGCCCUUCGUAUCACUAACUCACUUUUAGAGUGGGAACUUGACAUAUGCAAGACUUACAAGCAUCUUCUUAGCUAGCAGGCUGGGUUGCAACUCUGGGGGUGAUAAUACUACCAGCUUACCUGUCAGUAGUUCAAGCAUUCUUUAUUCUUAAACAUUUCUUCUCAUAAAGUUGAAUUUCUGAACAAACUGCAAUAAACUCUCAUUACGCACAGGGGUUGCAUCCAUGCAGAACCCAGCAUAUAGGAUAACUUUUGCACACAGUGAAAUUAAAUUUGUGAUAAUUUGGGAGAAAUAAUAAAAAAGUAAAUAUUGCACAAACAUGUACUUGAAAUAAUAAAUUACAGGGUUUUUGUAUUCGCCAUUUCACCAGUCCAGAUUUUACAAUACUGUACUUGGGUGUACACCUGAGUGUGCCUCUGCAAGGUGGAAUGGUGUUGAAGUUCACUCCACUGCCUUCAUAGUGCAGAUCAUUGACUCUUAACAUUGUAAUGUGCAAUAUGUGCUGUUGAUUUGCCUAUCCAUCGUCCAUGGUGUCAUAUUGAUUCAUAGUGUUUUUUUGGUUUUUUUAGUGUGUACAUCAAAAUAAACAAAACUCUGUCAAAGUUUUGUGAUACCUUAAGUCAUUCCAUUCCAUUGUAAUCAUUAAAUUAUCUCUUGAUACUUUUUCCAGGAUCUGUGUUGUGUAUGGGAUAAUAGCUGAGGUUUGUGAUUACCAACAUUUGGGGUUUGUGCACUAAUACCGGUAUAUAAAAAUUCAGGGCAUAUUGAUAACACCUUUAUGAAAACUUUAAUUUAUUAUAUGAUAGCAGUUAAGGUGCUCUGUUGUAGUUUCAGUAACUUAAGAAUAUAAUUCCAUGAAGCAUCUUUUUGGGGUCAAUUGUUACUGCCAGUAGUAAAGAAGUAAUACUUAAUAUGAUUUCUUUACUACUGUACUUUGUAUUUGUCAAUCAGUUUAAGUGAAUAUUUGAGUGUAUAUAAAAAAAGUGAUACUGUAUUGCACUUGCUGUGCAUUGUCAAGUCUCCCAUUAAGGAAAUGUUCUGAUUAUAAUACUUAUAAAGGGUAAUUAUGAAUG